AUAUUAUUAAAUUUUUGCUGUUUGUUAUGAUUGUGAUGAGUCUGUUCCGAAAUUAGUUGUUAGCGAUAAGCGUACCGAGAAAAUGUGGAAGGAAAUAAGAGCAGGACAGAAUGUGUUAGUGUUGUGGGGAAAGUCAUCGGCGGGAGGAACUUUGGAAGAUGUAGUGAAAGAAGUGAGGAAUGUUACGGGAGCGAACGGGAACGUAGCGGUGGAAAAUGCUGAACGUUUAACAAUGGCUGCUUAUCCAACAUCAUCGUUUGAUGCAGUGUUAUCGGGAGUUACAUUUCCUCAGACAGUGAGGCACAGGCUUCAAAUCUUAGAAGAGAUUAUCCGCAUUCUGAAACCACAGGGCAUCCUAAUCUUACAAGAACCUGUAAACAUUGGCAUGCAGUCAGAAGCACUAAUAAGCAAAGAAAAACUGCGCAGUGAACUGAAAAUUGCUGGCUUAAAAAACUUGUCAGAUUUCAGGACUAUUGAACUCACCAAUGAUGAAAAGCAAUUAAUCAAGGAUCUUUUACACGUGACUGAUGAUUUCUGCGUUGUAGAAGUUCAGUGUUAUAAACCGGAUUUUGAGGUAGGAUCUUCUGUAAAAUUAUCAUUUGGUGGCAGUUUGAAAAUAUCUGCUGAGAAUGAUAUCAAGCCACCAGUGGAUGUAGCUGCAGUCUGGAAACUUGAUGAUACAGUUGAUGACAGUGUAGAGACAAUUGAUGCCGACCAGUUGCUAGCUGAAGAGGAUCUCCAGAAACCUGAUCCUAGCAAAUUAAGGGUAUGUGGGACUACUGGCAAAAGGAAAGCUUGUAAGAAUUGUUCAUGUGGUCUAGCAGAAGAACUUGCUGCUGAAAGUGCAACAAAAGCUGCUACUGCUCCAAAAACAUCGUCUUGUGGAAAUUGUUAUCUUGGAGAUGCUUUUCGCUGUGCCUCGUGUCCUUACCUUGGGAUGCCUGCUUUCAAACCUGGAGAGAAGAUUCAACUAUCUGAUUUUCAAUUAAAGGCUGAUGUAUGAAAUUAUUAUGAAUUAUGUCAAGGUCACGACAAACAAAAUUUGUGAUAAUAUUUAUUUGGGUAAUAUAGCAGUAUAUUGCGUAUAAUUUUACACAGAAUUGUAUUAAUUGUCUAUUGCUAUAGGUAAUAGGGUAGAAAUGCAGCUAAGGUAUUAGAAAACAACUCUUUUUCAUUGAAUGAGGUUGCACAGUAAAUAUGAAGAGUAUUUGGAACAGAACAGCAAAUUAUGAUUUACAUAGAACUUACUGAUACCUGUACUUCCUGUCAUCUAAUGAAGUAUUGCUAUAAUAAAGCCAACUGUAUCAAGA